UUGAACGCAUCUUAACAUUUGACGUUUUAAUUUUUAAGUUUGGCAACAUAAUUUCGCAAUUUCUAAAAGAAAGUUUAGAUCGAUGGUGUAGCGAGGGUUUUUGCGAUUUAACAUAAUUCGUGAUAAAAUCACAGUGUUCGACUGCACCGCAGUUAUUCUUCUUUGCUUACGAGUGAUUUACUAAAAACUCAAAAUGGGCAAUGAAAACUCAAUUCCCAUGGAGCUCUGUUCCAACUCGCGUGUUAACUGCAUUGAUUUUAAGGUGGAGAACUUCGACGCCGACGAGAUCCGGCGGCUGGGCAAGCGUUUCCGCAAGCUGGACUUGGACAAUUCGGGCGCCCUGUCCAUCGAUGAGUUCAUGUCGCUGCCGGAACUCCAGCAGAACCCGCUGGUGCAGCGCGUUAUCGACAUCUUCGACGCUGACGGCAAUGGAGAGGUGGACUUCAAGGAGUUUAUCCAGGGUGUGUCGCAGUUCAGCGUGAAGGGAGAUAAGCUGUCCAAACUGCGCUUCGCUUUCCGCAUCUAUGAUAUGGACAAUGACGGGUUCAUCUCCAACGGAGAGCUCUUCCAGGUCCUCAAGAUGAUGGUCGGCAACAACCUGAAAGACACGCAGCUGCAACAGAUCGUCGACAAGACGAUCCUAUUCGCGGACCGCGACGAGGACGGCAAGAUAUCGUUCGAGGAGUUCUGCUCCGUGGUUGGCAACACUGACAUUCACAAAAAGAUGGUCGUCGACGUGUAAACCGCUGCGGCCGGCUCCGUGUUGCUUCGCGUCUUCUUUGAGUUUGACACGGGGCCUCUUGGUCACUGGCCACACUGGGCUUUGGGAGUUUUAGUUUAGAUGGUACCUGAAUCUUUAAGAAAACAACGGGUUGCACUCCGGGAGUGCCGGCAGAAGUGAAAACUCAAUGACAUUGUAACAGUUUUUCGAUCAGGUCACGUGUCCGUCUUACGUCUUACGAAUCUUACGGUUACGUGACCUGUCGCGAGUUUAACAUUUUUUCCCCAUCACAAAAAGUGCACAGCGCCGCUAAAGAAGUUUUCACUUCAAAACUGUAUUCGAAUAGUAAAAUCUAAGAAUCUUAAGGUGCGUCCAUAUCUGGCGAACGCGCAGCGAUUUUGUGUCUGCGAAAGACUCGGUGAUGGCUCGCGUGCAUUACUUAGUACGAUGUAAUCGUCGAAUCAGUAAAUUGACUGUUUGUAAUCCUUAUUGCAACGAGAUAGGGGGCACCAAUGGUCAGUUAAUUGUAUUGCUUAUUACAGUGUGCGAAUGAUACGUAAAUAUCGUGCUCGCGGCGUAUUCGCCAGUUAUGACAGACCUUUAAAUAGCGUUUGGACCAAAAAACACAAAAAUAAAUUCAAAAUAUUACCUACCGUCACAUUUAAAUUUAUCUUUGUGUUUUAUACAAAAAAAAAGUAGUAGGUACUUACUCAAGUGAUGAAUGUGAUUUGGUACCUAUCUAUAUGAAAUAAAACUCAAAGUCCAGUGUGGCGGGUCGCAGCGUCCCGUAGUAGCUAGAACACUAUUCAAUUGCGUCGGUCCGGGCGAGGUCGAUCAAAUCUAUAUCGAGAUAUCCAAGUGCCGUAUUUGCGCAGUUCUCGGCUAUGCCUUUUUGAACAAAUUUAAAUAUGACUCUCAAAAACGCUACAGUUUAAUGUUGAUCUUGUGGGUUUUUCUUUGUACAUUUAGACGGUGAUAACGUUUUAUAGGUCAACAGAAACAUCUUUGCCGAUAUACGUAAAACUAAAACACACACAGUAAUCGUUUACUGUUCGAUAUGAAAGAUUUUAGAAGAAAUUAUAAACCCGGGUAACCUAAAGGUUAACCCGUGUACCCCGAUCCAGUUGCAAUGUGGAUUGUGUAGUGUACCACAAAUAAAUGUCGAGAACUGCGGUUAGCCCGCGACCGAAGCUCCUAUCAUUAAAUCAUUAUCGUAACUCUUCCUAGAUUAAGUAAAACAUACAUUUUAAUAGUUAUACGACGUCAUUAGAACUUUUAUCAUAGUCGAAACGUGAGUAGAUUUUUAUUUUAUAAUUUUGUUGCGGUAUAUUUUAGUCGGUAUUGUUAUUUAGUAUUUUAUUUCUGCAGUAGGUGUCGGUCGAGUCGCAAGGGCCGCCAGUAGGGCGGCUCGUUACAAACUAUAGUCAGGUGUUAGCGUAGCGAGCGGAGCGGCCGCGAUGAUAGCCCAUACAAUAUUAUGUGACGAUAUAUACGCUUAAUGUAAACAAUAUACGGGUAAUGUGUCGUUUUCAAGUAAAAAGUCCUAUAGUAUAAGAGUAACGUAAGGCUUGAUUUUUGACAGUUAUGAUUUGACCCUUAUGUAAAGGUAAAAGAAGCUAUGGCUAUCAGUUAAAUGGUAGGUGUUAGUUUCAUAACUGUCUAAAAAUAAUUCUUACGUAACUUCGACUAUAAAUUGUCGGUAUUCAAUAGUACUGCUUACAGGCAUAAAGAUUGCAUACUAAAAAUCCAUAUUUAUAACCGACAAUAUAGUAUAUUUUCCUUGAAAUAGUGACAAAUAAGCCCAAAUAAAAACCUUGUAUUUUCAGAGUUUCGGUGUUGUCUUGUAGCCUUUAUAUAAUCAUAUUAUAUUAACGCCUAGUAAUAUUGAAUGGGAAUAUAUCUGUGUACACGGGUAGACGGCAUUAAGACAGUUAGCUGCACGAUAACAGCAUAUAAUCUUUUCGACACGAUAUUUGUUAUAGAGUAGUAGGUGUACCCGUGUACCCGCCGGGUGGAAACCCGGGGUUUUUAAAAAAGGUGUACUAAUUACUUUUAUUUGAAUAACUAACAACUUUUGAAUAAUUUUGACUCAGGAUCACAAAGACUAGUGAUUUAUUUAAUUGAUUUUGAAAACAAGAAAAAAAGUGUUCCAAUUUUUUUAUACAAAAAUUUUGGUGUCCGUUUUGUGACGGUACAUUCAAAAUGUAUGUGAAAAUGUGUCAAAAAACGGUAAUUUUUUUCGGACACGUUUUUUCCUUUAUAAAUCGAUAGUCCUUGUGAUUCUGACUCAGUUUUUCGGACUAUCGACUCAGAAUUUCUGAGUAGAAAUAACUCAAAAGUUGAUAGUAUUCCACAAAAUAAAUGGUACACUUUUUUAUGAAAAUUCUCACCCGUAUCGCGGCCGUCCGCUCAGUAUUUACUUCUACUAUACUGAUCUUAUCGCCUUAUCCGAAUUUUAUACAAUUAACUGUAACUUUUUAAUGUUAGCUUGUUCUAGUGUCCUAUUUACUACUGUAAUAUAAGGAUGCGGUCGUUUGUAUGUUUGUGUGUACGCCUCUCACCCAUCCUUCCCUUCCCUUCCUUAACUACACUAAUAUUUAUUGAUAUGGUCCCUUUUUAACUUAGAAAGGAAGAAAUUAUUUACUGCCAGUAUUUCCAAAUUUUAUACGGUAUUUUACUACUUAAAUCGCCGAAAAUCUAAUUCAAUUCGCCCUUUACUCAGCUUCCUUCUUACAUACAAAGUCACCCGUCUGUUUUUCAAUAUUUUUUGGUAAAUAGGCCGAAUAAUUUACCGGAAAAGGAAACAAUAAUUUUCCCCUUAUUUUUUUAUAUUACACUUAUUUGCAUUGUACCCCCUCCUGUAAUAUCACAGUUUUAACUCUGCUAUAGUUGACUUGAAUUAUAUUUUCUUAAUAUCACUGGGUAUAUGGUGAUGGACAAAGUUUAUUUAUUGGUGGAUCGGCCGAGCCGGGUAGAACACAAAUAUUUAUUAAAAAAAAAACUUAUUUAUUUAAAAUAAAUGAUGGAUGAUAGCGAUUCGCCAUUGGCGUUAGUUAAUCCGGAAAAACAGUAGAAGAUCGGACUGACUGGUCAAGGAAAUUGUACAGGGUAAUUCGCCAGUAACUUCAAGGUUAAUAACUGGCCAGCUUUCAAUAACUGGCCACCUUAUAAUAAAAUGAAUUCUAUUUAUAGGUUAAUAGAACUCAUUUUGAUAUAUAAUAGUUUAGAGCGGCCAGUUACUGGCGAAUUAUCCUACUUAGUUACUUUUUUCGAAAUGUAAUGGACAGUCCGUCAAUGCGAUUGGACCAUAAACGGCGUCAUACGUUGGUGAUAAUAUUUCAGCAUUCAAAAUGCCUCAAUUAUUUCAUUAUUGAAAGACUAAAAAUCUUAGAAAUCGCAGUGAUGAGCAACUGAUUAUAUUUACGAUAUUUACGAGUUAAUGUAAAAAAAAACAUUCUGACAACAGUCCGAUUCUCUAUUAUUAACAUAUAAACUAUCUUAAUCCUCUCUCCCCUCCCCCGUCCGUCCUCACCCCCCUCCUUUUCCGCAGGUCCUGACCUCUCUGAGGCGCCCCGGCGUGUAAUGACGUCACACUCACUGUAUUUCGUCCAGUUAAGAUAUUUUUCGACCGUUUCCGACAACGUCGACGAGCUCCAUUUAUCGGUGAGGGUUUAUUGUAUUGGUUAUUCCUUGUUUUAUAUCCUAAAUACUAAAAUUUCAGGACGAUUGCCCCAAAGUCCAAGCGUCUUUUACUUACAGCUUUAUGAGGAUGAUUGGGUUUGUCAGAGCACGCUAAGUUUUCAUGCCAAGUGAUAUGUUAAAUAUGGCACUCCUAUGGUAUAUUUAUGUAAUUAUGUAUUUAUGUAAUCAUUGUCACUGGCAAGUCAGUGCAAACUUAGCGUGGUCGUAGUCUAGUAAAUUGGCCGAUUGAACUGUUAUUUCAGUACCUGAGAUAUAAAAACAGGGUUUAGGCUUUGGGUCUCCGGUUGAUGUGCAGAGCCACGUUGUAUGGCAACAUUCUAUAGCCUCCUAAACAUCAUACGAGAAAAAAUUACAUUCGAAUGUGAAAUCAAUAGAGAAGGAAAUAUGGUUGAAUUUCUUUUGUUUUGAUAUCGAAAGGUAAAAUAAAUUCAACUCUAUUCCAAUUGGAAAUAGUAUAAAUUACAAUUACAAUGAAGUAAUUAGUACAAUGGAUAGGGCCGUGGCCUUAGGAUGAUAAAAAGUAGCGUACCUACAUCAACCAUAGACUUGAGGCUUAGACGCGCGAGCGGCUCGAGUGAUUAUUACGAAGUGUACAAAUGAGUGCCAUUAAUAUGGCGCCACCAACGCGUUCCGCGUCCGCCGUGUGACAUGCCAAUCGUUCUACCGUUUACACUUUCGCAACCAGGCAAAAAACGGCGCACUACCCCAGAAACCGGUCGUCUAUAUCUGCGUACAAAACAACCCGCUGGGCGGGUUCUUUUAUCUGAGCAAACAUUACGAGUGCCUACCACGCGGGUUCUCGGUAGUCAAAGUGAUUUGCAAGAAGAAUAGACUAAGGGUUUAUUAUAGGUACGAGGGGCAAACUGAAAGUGUUUAGAAUAGAAAAAGCUGAAGUAAUUAGGACGUUACUCUUUAUUUUAAUGCGUGCUUUACCUCUUUCUGACCACGCGUACAAAUUUUCAUUAGGAUAGGAUUACCCUGAAGCGCACACAGCUCAUUCUUCCAAUGCCUUUUUUGUAUGGCGAUUUUAGGUCCUCGGAGGUUUUGUAUGAAAUUCAUGAGGUACCCAUCGGGAUUCAAGCUUUUUUGACACAAAAUAAUUUAAGCAAGAUUUUUUUAACAGUGUCAUAUGAAUACUGAGGGAUAUCAAAAACUACUGAUAAACAAUUUUUUGCCAGUAUUUUUUAUUAACCGCACAGCUGUGCGAUGUUAACUUUUGACGUCACUCUUGAAUGACAUGCUUCUCUAUGAUCAUCCGUUGAAUAACUACAAAAGCGAUUAAAUGUGUAAUUUAAAAAAUAAACAUACGUACAAGAACUAGGCUUCAUUAUAAAACUAUAACUGAAGCCUACUGUAACUCUGUUGUUGGCUGAGGCCUCAAUGAAAAUUGUUAUAAAUAGUAAUACGAAAAAAUUGUUACGUUGAAAUUGGAAUAACGCUCGACGUACAAUUUCCAAAUUGCCCUAAAUCCUGAAACACAGAUAACGACCAAAUUGCAUAUACCUCAAAAAAAGUAUAAGGAGUUAUAUUUUCAUAAAUAAUAUGCCUCUUUUUGUUAUAUGAUCUCUAAGUAGCCUUUUCUAAGAACUUUCAGAGUUGCCUACGUACCUACCAGAGAACGGAAUGGGUAACGAUAUGUGUGCGGAUCGAUAUCUGUUCUAACGAAACGAAUGUAACAAUUGGAUCCGUUUUGACAUACCGUUCUCGACGCGUUCGGUGCAAUAGUACGUAUAAUAAUCCCUUAUAAAUGUAGUUUAACGGGUAUUCAGAAUACCCAGUGUAUGCGCAGCAUGAAAAUAAGAAGCGAUGAACGAUCGUGGAGGGGCUCCUAAGGAAUCGCCAACACUGACCAAAUUUUUUGUCAAUUCCCGAAAUAUGCGUACUGUCUUAUACUAAAUUAAUUUUAGCUAGAUAAUUGUGAUACCACCAAGCCUCUAAAGUAUAAAGUAUCUACUCAGGUUGGGCUGUACCCGCAGGUCUCGCUGGCAAGUGGUGCGGCGAUGGACAACGUUUCUUUAUUGGUGGAGCAGCAGAGCUGGAGAGAUUUGAUUGAUUUGAUUUGUACUAACCCUGUUUUUCAUACGCAAUCUCAUUUCUAAAUAGCUUAAAGUAUGUUGGUGGUAACAGGGGAGGUCCUAACUGUUUACAAUGGUACCAUGGAAUCUUAAGUGUUAUGUUAUGUCAUACGGCGGGCACUCGGACGCACCGCGAAUCUUCAUCUCUAGUCACAGCUGUUGUGCAUAUAAUAUACUAAAUAUAUAAAAUCAUGUUAUCCAUCAUAAGUAGCGUCUUCGGCGCGUCAAUAGCAUUAAUCUAAAUAAAAUUCUUAUCUUAUAAGUAUCGUUCACAGUUUUAAACAAAUGGAAUGUAGCAAUAUACGAUUUUAAAGCCUUAUUAAAAUGGCGGCGACUUGUCAGAUGACUCGCGAAUGUCAGGCCAGCUAAUCGUGGUUGUAGAAAGUUGCUGAGGAUAUACCCAUGGAUAUAAUAGGUUAAGCUUAGCGCUGGUUCGCUAUAAUAACUAGGCUCCAAUGUGGACACAGUUAACCGAUUCGGGGCUGAUGACACGCCUGCCGUGUCAUCAAUGUUUUUACGUGUGGCGUAUGACACGGGAGGAGUGUCAUCAUAUUCUAUGGCGCAUGGCGUGGCUGCCGUGUCAUGAAAUGAUUGUUCCGCGCUACAACCAAAAGUUUUCGAAAAUGGAACACGCAACGAAUCGGUUAACUGACCAUAAGUAAACUUUAUUGCGACGAGAUAAGGGCUACCAAUUGUCAAUUAACCGUGUUGCUGUUAAAAGUAUGAGGCGGUGCCUCUGUCAAGAUACUUCCAUCGUUUUCUUUAUCAUAGCACCCUGAUUUAGAUGUCACCGACCCAUUCAUUCAAUUCUCUAAAAAGUUAAUAUGGCACAUAGUGCAAUGAAGGGUAUUGUCUUGGGUCGUCCCAUUCGUUUUUCGUCAAGUUCUUAAAUUAGUCCUAUUCUGCUUUCGUCACUCAUUCUACAUUGAAAGCCACCGACGAUUGUGACGAAUGUAGAAUGAGUGACGCAAGCAGAAUAGGACUAAUUUAAGAACUUGACGAAAAACAAAUGGGACGACCCAAGACAAUACCCAAUGAAGUGGUUUUGGGUGAUAUAAAGGUUUUGUAAAGAGGGUGUUACAUCUUCCUAGUUACAGCAUCCGAAAUGCUUUUGUUGCGUAAUUUGGGAAGCUAAGAUAAGCAGCUAAAUGUUUACACUACUAAAUCAGGAAAGACAGUAUACACAGUCUUCAAAGAGGGGUACCUAAUAUGUCAGCUUCUUUCUACCGCCACGGUUAACGUGGUGGAGUCAAGCGGGCGCCGCCGGGACGUGUUCUGUACUUACCGCGCCGUGUCGCCAGUCGGUAGCAUGUCGUGUCCUUACUCUACUUUCGAGUGGAACUGAAUUUAGUUUUUAUUAAAUUUUCAAAUUUC